CCGGGCGGGGGGAGCGCCGGGAGCGCACCAAGAUGGCGACACCCGCAGUCCCUCCCGCAGCUCCCCCCGCGCCGCAGUCCGGCAGCGCCGCGCCGGGGCCGCGCUGAGCCCGCCCGACACGAGCUGACCUGCCCGGGGUGCAACAUCUCUAAAGAAGCUGCUGCAGGAUGAAAAGAUGGCAGCGCGGCUGCUCGCACCACCAGGCCCCGAGAGUUUUAAACCCUUCACUCCGGAGUCCCUGGCCAACAUCGAGAAACACAUUGCGGAGCUGAAGAAGAAGCAGCGCUCCAAGCAGGACAGCAGCCACCGGGACGACGAUGAAGACAGCAAACCAAAACCAAACAGUGACCUUGAGGCGGGCAAGAAUUUGCCUUUCAUCUACGGGGACAUCCCUAAAGGGCUGGUUGCUGUGCCACUGGAGGACUUUGACCCUUAUUAUAUGACCCAGAAAACCUUUGUAGUACUAAACAGAGGGAAAACACUCUUCCGAUUUAGUGCCACACCUGCCUUGUACAUUUUAAGUCCUUUUAAUCUGUUUAGAAGAAUAGCUAUUAAAAUUUUGAUACAUUCAGUAUUUAGCAUGAUCAUUAUGUGCACUAUUUUGACCAACUGUGUAUUCAUGACUUUUAGUAACCCGCCAGAAUGGUCAAAGAAUGUGGAGUACACAUUCACCGGGAUUUAUACGUUUGAAUCACUCGUGAAAAUCAUUGCCAGAGGUUUCUGUAUAGAUGGCUUCACCUUCCUGAGGGAUCCCUGGAACUGGCUGGAUUUCAGCGUCAUCAUGAUGGCAUAUGUCACAGAGUUUGUGGACCUUGGGAAUGUCUCAGCAUUGAGAACUUUCAGAGUUCUCCGAGCUUUGAAAACUAUCUCUGUAAUUCCAGGCUUGAAGACCAUCGUGGGUGCCCUGAUCCAGUCUGUGAAGAAGCUGUCGGAUGUGAUGAUCCUGACAGUUUUCUGUCUCAGUGUCUUUGCCCUCAUUGGGCUCCAGCUGUUCAUGGGCAAUUUAAGGAACAAGUGUGUGAUUUGGCCAAUUAAUGUGAACGAGACCUUCCUGGAUAAUGGCUCCAGGGGCUUCGACUGGGAGGAAUACACCAACAAUAUGUCAAAUUUUUACAUCAUUCCUGGCGCCCCUGACCCUUUGCUCUGUGGUAACAGCUCAGAUGCAGGCCAAUGUCCAGAGGGAUACACGUGCAUGAAGGCAGGACGGAACCCCAACUACGGCUACACGAGCUUUGACACCUUCAGCUGGGCUUUUCUGGCUUUAUUUCGCCUUAUGACUCAGGACUUUUGGGAAAACUUGUAUCAGUUAACUUUACGAGCGGCAGGAAAAACCUACAUGAUCUUCUUUGUGCUGGUGAUCUUUGUGGGAUCCUUUUACCUGGUGAAUCUGAUUUUGGCUGUGGUGGCCAUGGCCUACGAGGAGCAGAACCAGGCGACCCUAGAGGAGGCAGAGCAGAAGGAGGCAGAAUUCAAGGCCAUGUUGGAACAAUUGAAAAAGCAACAGGAAGAAGCACAGGCUGCUGCCAUGGUCACCUCAGCAGGGACAGUGUCUGAAGAUGCUGUGGAAGAUGAUGGUGGGGGGAGGAUGUCCCGGAGCUCCUCGGAGAUUUCCAAACUCAGUUCCAAGAGUGCCAAGGAGCGUCGGAACAGGAGGAAGAAGCGGAAGGACAAGGAGCUGUCGGAAGGAGAUGAGAAGUGUGACAAUGAGAAGGUGUUCAAAUCAGAAUCUGAGGAUGGCAUGAGGAGGAAAGCGUUCAGGCUGCCAGAUAACAGGCUGGGAAGGAAGUUUUCCAUCAUGAACCAGUCUCUCCUCAGCAUCCCGGGCUCCCCUUUCCUCUCCCGCCACAACAGCAAGAGCAGCAUCUUCAGCUACAAGGGGCGCUUCCGCGACCCGGGCUCGGAGAACGAGUUCGCGGACGACGAGCACAGCACGGUGGAGGAGAGCGAGGGCAGGAGGGACUCGCUCUUCAUCCCCAUCCGCGGCCGCGACCGGCGCAGCAGCUACAGCGGCUACAGCGGCUACAGCCAGGGCAGCCGCUCCUCGCGCAUCUUCCCCACGCUGCGCCGCAGCAUCAAGAGGAACAGCACCGUGGACUGCAACGGCGUCGUGUCCCUCAUCGGAGGGCCACCCUCCAGCAUGCCUGGUGGCCGCAUCCUGCCUGAGGGUACCACUGAGAUUGAAAUUAGAAAGAAGCCUGGUGGGUCGCUCUUGGUCUCAAUGGAUCAGGUGAAUGCAUCCUAUGGAAGGAAGGAUCGGACCAACAGUGUCAUGACUGGGUUGACCAACACCCUUGUUGAGGAGCUGGAAGAGUCCCAGAGGAAGUGUCCCCCUUGCUGGUACAAAUUUGCCAAUACCUUCCUGAUCUGGGAAUGCCACCCAUACUGGAUGAAACUGAAGGAGAUUGUGAACUUAAUUGUCAUGGAUCCUUUUGUUGACUUGGCCAUCACCAUCUGCAUCGUGCUGAACACGUUGUUCAUGGCCAUGGAGCACCACCCCAUGACCCCCGAGUUUGAGCACGUGCUCUCUGUGGGAAAUCUGGUUUUCACUGGGAUUUUCACAGCAGAAAUGUUCCUGAAGCUCAUUGCAAUGGAUCCAUACUAUUAUUUUCAAGAAGGCUGGAACAUCUUUGAUGGAUUUAUUGUCUCCCUGAGUUUAAUGGAGCUGAGCCUGGCAGAUGUGGAGGGACUUUCCGUGCUGCGAUCUUUCCGAUUGCUGAGAGUCUUCAAACUGGCCAAGUCCUGGCCCACUCUGAACAUGCUGAUAAAAAUCAUUGGUAACUCAGUGGGUGCCUUGGGGAAUUUGACCUUGGUGCUGGCCAUCAUCGUGUUCAUCUUCGCCGUGGUGGGAAUGCAGCUCUUUGGCAAAAGCUACAAGGAGUGUGUCUGCAAGAUCAAUCCGGAGUGUGAGCUACCCCGCUGGCACAUGCACGAUUUCUUCCACUCCUUCCUUAUUGUCUUCCGUGUGUUGUGUGGGGAGUGGAUUGAGACCAUGUGGGAUUGUAUGGAAGUGGCAGGACAGGCCAUGUGCUUGAUUGUCUUCAUGAUGGUCAUGGUCAUCGGAAAUUUAGUGGUGCUGAACCUGUUCUUGGCCCUGUUGCUGAGCUCCUUCAGCGCAGACAACCUGGCAGCCACGGACGAUGACGGGGAGAUGAACAACCUGCAGAUCUCGGUGAUCCGCAUCAAGAAGGGCAUUGCCUGGACCAAGGCCAAGGUUAGGGAGUUCAUGCAGGCCCACUUCAAGCAGAGAGAGGCCGACGAGGUGAAACCCUUGGAUGAGCUGUACGACAAGAAGGUGAACUGCAUUGCCAACCACACCGGGGCCGACAUCAACCGCGACAUCGACUUCCUCAAGAACGGCAAUGGCACCACCAGCGGCAUCGGGAGCAGCGUGGAGAAAUACAUCAUCGACGAGGACCACAUGUCCUUCAUCAACAACCCCAACCUCACCGUGCGCGUCCCCAUCGCCGUGGGCGAGUCCGACUUCGAGAACCUCAACACGGAGGAUUUCAGCAGCGACACGGAUCCUGAUGGCAGCAAAGAGAAACUUGAUGAGACCAGCUCCUCUGAGGGCAGCACCAUCGACAUAAAGCCUGAAGUGGAGGAAGUGCCCGUGGAGGCACCAGAGGAGUACCUGGACCCAGAUGCCUGUUUCACAGAAGGUUGUAUGCAGCGCUGCAAGUGUUGUCAGGUCAAUAUUGAGGAGGGGUUGGGAAAGUCUUGGUGGACCUUGAGGAAAACUUGUUUCCUAAUUGUGGAGCACAAUUGGUUUGAGACUUUCAUCAUCUUUAUGAUCCUCCUGAGCAGUGGGGCACUGGCUUUUGAGGAUAUUUACAUCGAGCAGAGGAAAACCAUCCGGACCAUCCUGGAGUAUGCAGACAAGGUCUUCACUUACAUUUUCAUCCUGGAGAUGCUGCUGAAGUGGUGUGCCUAUGGAUUUGUGAAAUUCUUCACCAAUGCCUGGUGCUGGUUGGAUUUCCUCAUCGUGGCUGUCUCUUUAGUCAGCCUUAUAGCUAAUGCCCUGGGCUACUCGGAACUAGGUGCCAUAAAAUCCCUUAGGACACUAAGAGCCUUGAGGCCUUUAAGAGCGUUGUCCCGAUUUGAGGGGAUGAGGGUGGUUGUCAAUGCCUUGGUUGGCGCUAUCCCUUCCAUUAUGAAUGUCUUGUUGGUCUGCCUUAUCUUCUGGCUGAUUUUCAGCAUUAUGGGGGUUAACCUGUUUGCCGGGAAAUAUCAUUACUGCUUUAAUGAAACAGCUGAGCAUCGCUUUGAGAUAGAUGUUGUUAACAACAAGACAGACUGCGAGGCUCUGAUGCCACCCAACUCCACGGAGAUCCGAUGGAAGAACGUGAAAAUUAACUUUGACAACGUUGGGGCAGGAUAUCUGGCUCUGCUGCAAGUUGCUACAUUCAAGGGCUGGAUGGACAUCAUGUAUGCGGCUGUAGAUUCCAGAAAGCAAGAAGAGCAGCCCAAGUAUGAGGACAACAUUUACAUGUACAUCUAUUUUGUUAUUUUCAUCAUCUUUGGCUCCUUUUUUACCCUGAACUUGUUCAUUGGUGUCAUCAUCGACAACUUCAAUCAACAAAAGAAAAAGUUUGGAGGUCAAGAUAUUUUCAUGACAGAAGAACAAAAGAAGUACUACAAUGCCAUGAAAAAACUGGGCUCAAAGAAGCCUCAAAAACCCAUUCCCCGACCUCUGAACCGCAUCCAAGGAGCCGUCUUCGACUUUGUCACUCAGCAAGCCUUCGACAUCGUCAUCAUGAUGCUCAUCUGCCUCAACAUGGUGACCAUGAUGGUGGAGACAGACACGCAGAGCAAGCAGAUGGAGGACAUCCUUUACUGGAUCAACUUUGUGUUUGUCAUCUUCUUCACCUGUGAGUGUGUGCUGAAGAUGUUUGCCUUGAGGCACUACUAUUUCACCAUCGGGUGGAACAUCUUUGACUUCGUGGUUGUGAUUCUGUCCAUCGUGGGGAUGUUCCUGGCUGAAAUCAUUGAGAAGUACUUCGUGUCACCCACUCUGUUCCGAGUCAUCCGCCUGGCUCGCAUCGGCCGCAUCCUGCGAUUGAUCAAGGGAGCCAAAGGGAUCCGCACGCUGCUUUUUGCCUUAAUGAUGUCCCUGCCUGCCUUGUUCAACAUCGGCCUCCUGCUCUUCCUGGUCAUGUUCAUCUUCUCCAUCUUUGGCAUGUCCAACUUCGCUUACGUCAAGCACGAGGCCGGCAUAGACGACAUGUUCAACUUUGAGACCUUUGGCAACAGCAUGAUCUGCUUGUUCCAGAUCACCACCUCGGCCGGCUGGGACGGGCUCCUGCUGCCCAUCCUGAACCGGCCCCCAGACUGUGACCUGGACAAGGAGCACCCGGGCAGCGGCUUCAAGGGGGAUUGCGGGAACCCCUCGGUGGGGAUAUUUUUCUUUGUGAGCUACAUCAUCAUCUCCUUCCUGAUUGUGGUCAACAUGUACAUCGCCAUCAUCCUGGAGAACUUCAGCGUGGCGACGGAGGAGAGCGCGGAUCCGCUCAGCGAGGAUGACUUUGAGACCUUCUACGAGAUCUGGGAGAAGUUCGACCCCGACGCCACGCAGUUCAUUGAGUACAGCAAGCUGGCGGACUUCGCCGACGCCCUGGAGCAUCCCCUGCGUGUCCCAAAGCCCAACACCAUCGAACUCAUCGCCAUGGACCUGCCUAUGGUAAGUGGGGACAGGAUCCACUGUUUGGACAUCCUGUUUGCCUUCACCAAACGUGUCCUGGGGGACAGCGGGGAGCUGGAUAUCCUGAGACAGCAGAUGGAGGAGAGGUUUGUGGCUUCCAACCCUUCCAAAGUGUCUUAUGAGCCCAUCACCACCACGCUGCGGCGCAAGCAGGAGGAGGUGUCGGCGGUGGUGAUCCAGAGGGCUUACAGGGCUCGUUUGGCACGACGGGGCUUCAUCAGCCGAAGGCCUGCCACCACCAAACUGGAGAACGGGGGAGCCAACAGGGAGAAAAAGGAGGGCACCCCCUCCACGGCGUCCCUGCCGUCCUACGACAGCGUCACCAAACCCGAGAAGGAGAAACAGCAGCGGGUGGAGGAGGGCAGGAGAGAAAAGGCAAAGAGACAAAAAGACGCCAGGGUGGCCAAGUCUUGAGAGACACACACACAAACACAGAGAGAGAGAGAGAGAGAGAGAGAGGAAAAAAAUUAACAACAAAAAAAAGUAGAAUUGUACGAAUUAAAAUAUUUGCAAAUGAAAAAAAAAAAAAAGAUUGUUUACAAACUUCCUGAAAUAUAUCAAUACAGAACAGCUGUGGAGACACUUACCUGAAGAUCUUAUACCAAACAUAGUCUGCUUACUGUGUGACAGCGUUGCAUCUAAAGCAGUGACCUACCACCUGUUUAAAGGACCCUGUAAACAAACAUUUAAACACAAAAAAAAAGGAAAAAAAAAGGAUUUUCUAUUGUUUGGGCAGGUGGAUACUGCAUGUUCCACAUCAGUCAAUGCAACUUAGGACAAACAAGCAAAAUAAACCACACACACACACAAACACACACAGAGCAACAAAACCCGCUGCUGGGAUUCAUGUAUUUUCCAAAGCAGCCCCAAAUGGAUUUUAUUUUCCCAUUUUGUUGAUUAUUCUCAGAAGAAAACCCAGAAGUCACAGUGUCAAUGGGUUUAUUCAUGCAAAACUAGAUUUGCAUUUAGUUAAGCAGAAAAAAAAACAAACAAAGAAACAAAAAAAAAAAAAACAGGAAAAAAAUUGAAAAAAGAGUUAAAACAAGUAGAACCAAAAAAAAAAGGAAAAAAUGAAGCAAAGCACCCAUUAAGCCCACUGAGUUACCAUAGUUUAUUUGAGAUUUAUUAUUUGCAUUCUACUUUCUACAUGGGCUUUACUUGGUUUGGGAGAUGGGGCAGUCGGGUACCUUCAGCCUGGAGCCAGCUCGGGCUGAUCCCCCCCCAAAAAACAAAGUGCUCGUUAACGCCUAGAAGCGAUUUUUGCAGAUUUUUGCAGAUUUUUGCAUGAUGGCAUGACCAGGGACCAUGCAUGAGGAACCACAACCAGGGGACACACAGUCACCUGUCCACAGAGGUGUGUUAAGCCAUAAAUUUGAGGCACUCCACUGAGUAUCUACCGCACACUGUAUUUUGGAGAGAAACCUUAGUGAUGCUCCUGCCCGGCACCAGUACUCCCAGUUCAUAGAGAAUCUUCCAUAAACCUGCCAGUAGAAGAAAAAAAAAAAAAAAAAAACAACAACAAAACCGCAGUGUAGCUCUAAAACCACAAAAUCCCCCAAUAGAACAAGCAGGUGAAUGAAUUGUGUGUGUCUGUUUCACAAUUUUGACUUUCUUUUCCAUACAGCCAUGGUUUUUUGCACACUGAAACAGAACAAAAUUCCAAAAUGCUGCUCUGGACCUCACCAAAGGGGAGAGGAUAAAUCUGGGAAUGGCUUGUUAUCCAUGUCACUGUAAAUCCAAAACCUAGGGCUUCAACCAGCCAGCAAGGUCAGUUGUAUCCUGCAGUAUUUAGCAUUAAUAUUAAUUGUCCUUCAGCCUCCAUCCUGCAGUGUAGACACUUCCUUUGGUAGAGAUAAAUGUUAAAAAAAAAAAAAAAGCAGCACAUUACCUCUGCUGGUAGGAAUUUGGGGAGCUCACUCACAGCACUGCUGGGGUGGAGGGCAGGGUUGGGAGGCACCCUCGGGGUCAGGACCCACUUUUGGGGUCGGGACCCACCCUUGGUUGUCCCAUGGCCAUCGUGGCUCCUGCUCUGGGGGGGUGCAGAGCUGGACCACGGGGUGCUGAGGUGUGGCCAGGAGGAGUUUUGGGGCUGCAGCCCAGGAGGGGCCAGGUGCCUUCACCUUGCCCCCAUUUCCCACACCUGCCCCAGGUGGCCCUGGGGGUGCCUCUGGGCUGGUCUCACUGCAGCAGAAGGAGCAUCACGAGCCACGUUCGGCUGUUUUCUGUUUCCUCACGCCCAGCUCCCUCUUGGGGUGUCCUCAGCCAGUCUCAGGCCAGCCCCACUCAGGUUGGGAUGUCCCUUCAGGGUGGUGGCACCAGAGAGGGGAAGCCGAGGGUCACUGCAGGGGUGACAUCCAAACUAAGGGUACCCAAAGUAGGGAAAAAGAAAACCCCAAUACACCAGAGCUUGAUGGGAGGAUGAAUCUCAGUUUGCAUAAUCCCAUAAACCCAGAAAAUGCCAGGAAUCACCUAAAAUAAACCAAACCCAAGCAGGAAGCCAUCCAGCAGCCAUCUGUGCCACUUUGGCAACCUCGGGGCAGCCACGGCACGGGAGCAGCUCUGCCCCCCAGCAGAGACCUCGUCUGUCCUGCCCCAUUGCUCCCAGGAUGGGAUGUAUAAUAAUAAAAAUAACAACAAAGAAACAACAACAAAAAAAAUCUACAUACAUAUGUACAGGCUACGUUGUAAACAGCACAAAAAAAAAAAGAAAAAAAGGAAAAAAAUAGCUGAAAAGUGUGUUUGAACUUUUUAAGAGAAUAUUAUAAAUACUGUAAUAUAUCAUUUUAUUUUAUUGGCAUGCCUUUUUGUAAAUACAACGAACUACAAAAAUUAUAGAAUGGCUUCUGGCUUAUGCCAUUGUCCAUGGUUAUUUUUAUUUUUUUAAGAUUUUUCUGUUGUCCUUAGAUUUUAGAUAGCCAGGAAAUGUCCCCCAAAGGAAAAAAAAAAAACCAACUACAACAACAAAAAAAUUCCAAAUGAAAACCUAACCCCCUCAAAAUAGGAUAAUCUAUAAUAAACAAAAGCUUUAUUGCAAGUGGUAUUUGCAGCAGCAAAAGUGACUAUUUUUGGGUUCCAAUGUGCAAUAAGUCAACCACUUCUAUGCAAGAUUUGGCUGAAUUUCAUAAUUGUUCCUAGGCUGGGCUGAGUCUUGUAGGUGACGCUCGGUGCGUUGGCGUUUGUGCUGGCAACUCCUGAAGCUGCUCAAUGACUUUAAAAUAAAAAAGUCCCUUCAAACUCUGUGUGUGUAUAUAUAUAUAUAUAUAUAUAUAUAUAUAUAUAUAUAUUUUUUUUUUUUUUUUUUUAAUGUUUUGUCAGUGUGAGACUCAACAGGAAGGGGAGGGAGGAAGUUCUUCAGCUUCCUGUUGGCUGGAGUUGGUUCUUCUGCUCAAAAAAGGGAGUUUGGGCUGUUUGGGGAUAUUUUUCUCCUUUGGUUUCCUCCCUAGGGCAGAUGUUUGUGUUGGGUCUUCACUGGGUGAAGCCAAAGUUGGAGGAAAUUUUGGGCAAAGAGCCUCAGGGUUUGUCCCACCCAGAUCUCCAAAUUCUAACAUGUUGUUCACAGAAUUCCCAUUCUGGAUUCAGGGUUUUGGGAGCAAAUUAAGGGGGGUGACAUCAGUAGGAAGGUGUAGCCAAAACUCACAACCACACCAAGGAGUUCCCUUCCCUCUCCCACCUCUAAAAUCCUCCCUUUUGGGUUAAUUUGUGACUCCAAAAGUGUGGAGGGGAGGGCAUUAAUGAAAUGCCAGUCCAAGCUGCUUUAUUCACUUUCCUCUUCACAUUUUCUGAAAAUAUAGAAGCCAGUGUUGGGGGAAAAAAAAAAAAAAAGUCAGGUAACCCCAUGGUGUUGCGUAGAGGCCACACCCGAGUUUGAAUGAUUUUUCUGCUGCAAAAAUAAAAAAAAAAAUUAAGAAAACCAACAAGCCAACAAUCUGUUCAAGCUGUAAAAGCUCGAUAGUGAAGAUUAGUGUAUUAGAAAUUGCAUGGUGGCUCAUACCGGUCUUACCCAACAUGAUUAACAAUUACUAUAAGCCAAAAGAAAAUUAAAUAAACUGGAAUAAAUGAAAUAAAUUCCCUUUUCACUGUACAAGGGAAGGGUGUCUUGGUGUCCCAGUUAUUCUCACUCCUCCUCCCCUUUUCCUGCCACUCUGGGCUUCCCCCAAGGCAUUUUAGGGUGGUUUUGGGGAGCAGAGUGAGGUGCAGGAGGAGCUGUUGGAAGGUUUUUGGUGAUAAAGGUCUCAGGUGGCUCAGCCCUGCUGGGGCUGGGGGGUCGGUGCCUGCUUGGGGCUCCCUUUGAGGCAGGUGGGGGCCCCAGACAGGUGAGGAUGGGGGCUCCAGGCAGGUGAGGACCCCAGGCAGGUGAGGAUGCUGGAUCUGCUCUGGCAGGGGAGAAUGUUGUUCUGUGAUGGCUCACCCUGUAACUGCUCACCUUAACUCCUCAUCCUGUAUCCCCUCACCUGUAACCCCAUAUCCUAAAACCCUUCCCCUAUAACCCCUCACCUUUAACCCCUCACCUGUAACCCCUCAUCCCUAACCCCUCAUCUGUAACCCGCUCUCCUCUCACCUGCAGCCCCCAUCUCUUGCACUAAAAGACCCAGGGAAGGACCCCAAAGCCCUCUGAGUCUGUCCUCCCCCAGGGGGUUGGGGGACAGCAGCAGCUCUGCAGGGCUGCUCUGGGGACUCCUGCUGCCCCCCAGUGCUGCCAGUCCCCCCACAGCUGACUCCACCCCUGCCCUGGGCUUCCCUUCCUCACACCGACCCUGAAAGGGAUCCCCUGCAGUGACAGGACUGGCUCAGCUGCUCAGUGGUGCUAAAGGGCCCUGAAUUGGGGCUGGGGCUGGCCACAGGUGACCCUCACCUGCACCCCAGCACCUGCCUGCACCACUCCUGACCAGAAGGGCUGAGCUGGGCACGAGCCUCAUCAAAGGCAGAUUUAACCCUGCUGAAUGCCCAAGGCACCACCUUGGAAUUGCUUUUGAUAUUUGAUUUUCGGUCACUUUGGGAUUAUUUUUCAUAGGAAGCAUAAUUAUGAGUUUUGGUCCAGUUUGUUGAACAGAUGUGAAUUUUGCUGCUCAGUUGAGGCCAGUCCAAGCAAAGCCAGAGCGUGGUUGUGCCGACCUGCACCUCCCCCGUGUCACACACACUGGUACCACUGGUUUAACUGGGUGCAGGGAUGGAGGAUUCCCAGUUGUCCCCACCUGUGACUGUGGUGGCUCAUUCCCUACCUCACAGGGGUGUUGUGAGGCUUCAUGAGUGACCGAGCGUGCUGCACUGAGGAUCCCAGAGCUGUGGGCAGGCAUUGUGGGGCACUCAGGGGUGACCAAAAUGCUGCUGUGACAGCCCCACACCCUGUGCCUGCUGUGCAGCUGUGGGGCAGGGCCACUUCUCCCCUCUGAUACCUGCUCAGGCCACUGGUGUUGGCCCCGUGCUCCCCUCCCACCCGGUUUUUCUCUCUGUUCUGUUUUACCGGGGAGAGGAGGAGGAUGCAGCUGGGGGAGGGUGGAGGAAGGCGAUGGAGGGACGGGCUGGGAGUUCCAUGGCUGAACUUUGAGUUCCUUUGUACUGUACAUCUUUUUACUUUGGAAUUUGCAAUAAAGAGGUAUGUCCAUCUUGUUUUAACAA